AUGGGCAUAUUCUCUUCGACACGGGUGCCACCGCCCAAGGUGCCCACCGAUACUGUGAUCCCUCUGCGGGAAAUGGACAGCUUGCCUUUAUCGGUUGGGAUAUGCAACGAGUUUUCAUUCUAUUUCCAAGAUGUUCUAAAUGUCCACAAACUGCAAGCUGCUCUCGACAGGCUAGUGAGCAAGGAGAAAUGGCGGAAGAUGGGGGCCAGGCUAAGACGCAACAAAGAUGGGAAACUCGAGUAUCAUAUACCGGCAGAGUUCAGCGAGAAGCGUCCCGGCGUGUUGCACAGCCAGCAGACCUUUGCAACAUGCAUCGCUGAUCACCCAGUGCUGUCCCAGAUACCCAAGGGUAGGGGCGAAAAGCCGGUUUUGAUGCAUCCUUCGUGGCACUUUCGGCCUCAUAUGCGCGGCCCCAACAGCCCGCGGAGCUACGAGGACUGGCUGUACGCCGACAUCCCACAGCUCGCCGUUCACUUUGUCGUCUUCAAGGACGCCACCAUCUUCACGCUCACAUACCUGCACAGCUUCAUGGACGGGUCUGGCCUGGCGACGCUGACUCGGGCCUGGACCGCCGUGCUCCGAGGUGAGGAUGACUCGCUGCCCCCCUUUAUCGGGUACGAGCACGCCGACGACCCUCUGGCGACUCUCCAUCGGCAGCGGCCCGGGUCGGACUACCUGCUCGCACCAAAGGCCCUCAAGGGUUGGGGCUUUUUCGUCUUUGUCGUGCGGCAGAUGCUGGAGCGUCUCUGGUGGCCUCAAGAAGAGGCGCGAGUCGUGUGCAUCCCAUCGGCGUACAUCAAGCGGCUGGCGGACGUGGCGCGGGCCCAGCUGGAUGCUGCCCACCGCGCCAAGAACGACGACGGGAGCGGCUCCAAGCCCUUUGUGGGCGAGAGCGACGUGCUGCUCGCGUGGUGGAUCAUGAACGUCGUGCGCGCGCUGAAACCCGCGCCCAGCCGCACCGUCGCGCUCAUCAACGCCUUUGACGCCCGCCCGCUGCUGACCGAGAUGGGGCUCCUCCCGCGCCCCGAGGCCGCCUUCUUUGGCAACGCAGCCUACGGUUGCAUAACGCUGUCAGCCGCCCGCAACUACCUCCGCAGCACCACUGAGGCCCCGCUGACCCCCCUCGCCGCAAGCAUCCGCCGGGAUAUGCUCACUCAGCGCACCGUCGAACAGGUGCAGGCGCAGCUGGCGGCGCUCCGCGAGAGCUUGGCCACGGCCGGCCGGCCUCCGCUGUAUGGUUCCUCGGACAUGAUGUUCUUUGCCUACUCCAACCUCAACACGUUCAAGCUUUACGAGGCCGACUUUUCCCAUGCCCUCAUGUCGACCGAAGACGAGGGCGCGCCCAAAGUAAACCCCGAGGCUUAUCGUAGGGGGACGCCGACGUGGAUCAGCAGCACGUCGACCGAGGCUGGGUUCUCGCCACGGAACACAGGAUUGUUCAUGGGCAAGGACAAGGCUGGAUACUGGUGGUUGUUUGCCUGCUUGCGGAAGGGUGCCUGGAAAAACAUUGAGGAACAGCUCAAGGCGCAUCUCUAA